UUACAAUUAUAUUACAGAAAGAAGCAUUUUUGUACAUAUAUAGUUGAAUUAAUUGUUAUAAGGUAAAAAUUAACAAUGCUUAUUAAUAAUAUAUUCGGGGAGAUCCCUGAGCAAAGCAUCACUUUUGUGGUUGAUACUUCUGGGUCAAUGUACGAUGUUCUAUCAGUAGUUAAAGAUCAUAUAACAGAGGUUUUAAUGGAACGAGCGUACAAUAGACUCGGUACCACGUUCAACAUCAUCGAGUUCAGUUCUGAUAUAACACAAUGGGCGGACAGAAUGGUCGAAUGCACUCCUAUCACAGCAAACGCUGCCACACGAUGGCUACGUGGAAUUGAAAGUCAAACGGGGAGUGACACUUUAACAGCGCUUCAUAUGGCAUUUGAUGAACCAAGAUGCCAGGCUGUUUAUUUGGUAACUGAUGGAAUGCCAGACCAGAAUCCAGAAGAAAUAAUCCACAGGAUUACCAAAGCAAGUUAUGGCCGUCCUGUCCAUUGCAUUGCCGUGAGUACGGGGGUGGGAGAUCUUCCAUUGUCAUCGACAACUUUCCUUGAAAACCUCGCGAUUGAAACAAGAGGAAGUUUCCAUGUGGUGCAAGUGGGGCGCCUUGGUGAUGUCAGCAAGGUCAACUCCAUAUACAACAGUGUUUACACACCUAUUGAAGGCAGCAAGAAAUGCAGCGUAGAAACUUCCUUGACACAUAAUCCUUACACUAACUUACUCUCAACCCUUCCAGCACCAACUCCACCAUUUGUACCAUUCUACAGAUACAAUCCACCAUUACACACGGAGGUCUUCAAGGAAGCUCUUGAGCGCACUCCGGUGGCCAGCAUAGUUGUACGAGGGACUCGUAUUCUAGCAAGGAGAGAUGAGGAUGGAUAUUACUAUGGGGGAAGUGUGGCUCAAGAAAUUACAGGAGAUCGAACCAAGUUCCUCGUGGAAUUUGAUCGAACAAAGAAAGGACGAGAUCUCCGGAUGCAAGAGACUUAUCUUCAUGACAUCAUCGCUUGGAACGAUGCUCUUCGUCACUCAGUGGUUGCGGAAGAUCAUGUACUUGCUCCAUGGGAAGAAGGAGGGAAGAGAUACGGACCUGGUAAAGUUAUUAGUGGGACAGAGAGAAGACAUACUAUAGGUGAUUACAAAGACAGCAAUGUUGUUGUUGCAUUCUGGAACGGCAAGACUGUAACUGUGGAAAAGGGAGUUUCAGUUUGGAUUCCUAAACUUCUUUAUGAUAGAAUCCUUGUUGAGCUACAAAUGCCGAUAACUGCAAGGAAAGAAAUAAUUGAUUCAUCCGAUGCGAGUGACUUACCACCUGGAUAUCCAUCGUUACCAAUUGGUGCUGAUGAUGUCAUUCGAGCUCAACCUUGGGAUCCAUUAGUUUCAAUCAGGAGGAAUAUAUUGUACCACCCAUGGUUCCACAAUGGUAUGUAUUACUUCCCCACCUACCCCUUACUCACACCAGUAGCAAGACACCUCCAGUUCUGGCACGAACUUAUUCUAACGAGACCUGACCUGCUGUAUGGUUCAUGGUCCUGGCCGUUUUACCCGAAAAAUGUUCUUCCUUAUCGACGACGGUAUCCGGUAACACAACCUAAACUAGAAGGUUCAAGUUUAACAAAGGAGGAAUUGCGCAAUAUUGUUGACCGGCAACUUGAUGAACACGACUUACUACGAGAACCACGAACAAAAUCUCCAAUGUUGUCUUCCGAUAGUGACAGUGAACUGGAGGAAAAAGACUAUGAAGACACAGUAGCAACGUGGCCUCUUAUGGUGGACAAAGGAACAAACACGGGGAAAUCAUAUUUACGAAGAAGUAAGAUGGAUAAACCUGAAUGGAAGAAAUACUGGCCACAAACCCCACAACCACGAAAUCAUCAUCAACCAAACUUUCAUCAAAGACCAACAGGAAUGUUCAGCACAUGGGAAGAUCCAGACUUUGGUUCCCAUGGUGGAAUCAACAAUAGUUCGAUGUUUGACGAAGUUGGAGGACAUGGAGUCAAAAGUGAUCGCAAGAAACUUCUUCAUCAUCUUGAAACCCCAUAUGUAGAACGACCAGAGCAAGCAGGUUAUGUGCCAAGAAUUGGUUCAACUGAUGGUCAUCUGCAUCGUUAUAACGACCGCAUCCAGGAGCUGCAUCGGAGGUCUGCGUCCGCUCGCGAUGCAGAAUACAGGAACAAGAAUUGUGAAGUCUUCAGAAGAGCUCAAACCAUUGAAGAUACUAAAAGGCAACAAGCGAUUCAACGUAUUGGUUCCGAUGUUGAAAAACAACGACAGUAUGAACAAAAGUUACAAAACACAAUCGAUGCAAAAGCAAAGAUAAACCAGAAUUUUCGUGAUCGAUUUUUCCAAAAAGAACUCGAUCACAUCAACCGACAAGAAUCUCACUCGCAAUGGUUGCAGAAUAGAAGGGAUAAAUUUACCAAAGAUCAUUUGCAGAAACUCGACAAUAGAGAUAGAAUGCAAGAAAGUAGAGCGAUUGGCAGACAAUACCGUCAGAUGCGACACCACAACGCCACAGUCCGUCGAACACUGAUGGAAGAUGCCAGGGUAGCUGCGGCAACUCUGGAUUCAGCUUAAAAAAUAUUCAAUAACUUUAUUAGUUGCUGCCAAGUAGCCUGAUGUUGCACAAUCACUGUUGUAGAAAUUAUUUCAUGAAGCACAUAGUGUAGUAGGGGGGGGGGGGUACGGGAUAGCUUUUAUAGCACAUAAUAUCUAAAUAUUCUAAUCAUGUUUUAAACAAUUAACAACGGUUUAUGGAAGUCUUGAGGAUAUAGUUUCAUAAUUGUUUGAAUGUUCUUUGUUUACUACCAAAUAAGACGAGAAAAUAGAAUGAAAAGGUGUCCCAUCUUCCCUCACCCUACUGUAUAUAUUGUUAUAGUGGUAUUAAUAGUGGAUUUUCGAGUACAGAAUAUUCUUUGACAAUCAAAUUAUUAUUUCAACAAAUUUUUUUUUUUUAUUAAAACAAUUCAAAGUUUUUACAAAAAUUAUUUUGGUAAAAAAUUAUUUUGUAAUGUUUCAACACAAUGUCGAUUUUUUAUGUAUUUUCUACCGAUGCAUUGACACACAUUUCAGUCCAAUGAAUGUUAAUUAAGCGCACUUACCUGAUGCACAAUAGAAGCAUUUCUUUCAA